AAGUUUUAGCUGAAGCUUGAGGAGACGGUAACGCGUUACGCGACACGGUUAACGAGUAACGGGAAACGGGAGUUCUUUUUUCUUUUUAGCUGGCAAACGAGUGCCAGCUUGCGUGAGCCUGGUGGCAAUAAAAGCGGUAGUAGUGCGUAAGUGUGAAGUUAGCAAAAAGUGUGAAAAGAAAAAUUGCCACCGCGGAAAGUGGAACGAAAAAUUCUGCGUAGCAAUAAUCAAACGAAUGUAUUCAAAUUAAUAUUCAACUUCGAUUUUCCAUUUCCAUAAGCCAGCUUUCGAUUUUUACUACAAAUACCAGUUCGGCUGCGUUGCACCCCGCGCAACCAAUAUAGCGAAAAGGGAAAGGAAAAACAACAUCAGUACGCACAAGUCAAUCGCCGUCCAUUCGGUUGGUGUGCCGUUGCUGUUGGCUUUAUUGUUGUUGUUGUUGUGUCGAACCUAAUAGUUAGCAUUUCGCCCUACUAACACAACAACACAAGUCAUUGCUAAAUUAUUAGUAAUUACAGUAAUUUUGUUUUAUUAACGCAGCUAUUGUUGUUAUUGUUGUUACUAUUAUCAACUGUGACUUGGUAUUGCGCAGCGCACGCGUUGUUUGCGGUGCGGUAGUGAGGUGGAGCGGUGGUAUCGUUGGAAGCGGUGUUAAUGUUAAAAAACCAUAAGUGGAAAUUAUGGCCUCUUCGCUGCUGGCCCUUAGUGAUUUAAUACGAUUCCAAUUGGAGCGCAUCAAACUAGACGAAUUCACCUACAAAGAUGAGCUGCAACUGCUGCGCCAAUUGUUGGCGCUGGACAUGCCACAGCCGCCGAACGCCGUGCUUUCGAAUGGCAGCAGUCAGGAGCAUAACCAGCAGCAGCCAACACAAGCAGGCGCGCCGGCAAUCGUUUGUACGCCGACACAAACGCAAGCAACAACGCAGUCGCAGUCGCAGUCGCAGUCACAGCAAUCACACACACAGACGCAAACCCCGUUACGCUUGCAAGCGCCACAGCAUCACCAACAUCAAGCGUCACAGCCGUAUUACACGCAGCAUUCGUCACAGCUACCGCUACCACCGCCGCCACAGUACCAACCAAAAUCAUUGCCGCAAAAUCACUAUCCACCGCCGCCGAGUCAGAGCCAGAGUCAGUGUCAUCUUAGCGGCGCGCUUAGCCAGAGUAGCAAUCAGUUUCAGCAUUCAAGUCAUAGUCACAGCCACGGGCUUAGUCAGAGCCAACAGAAUCUGUAUCCUCCCAGCAGCCACAGUCCGCUGCAAAAUCAACUCAGCUAUGCGCAGAGCCAAAAGCAACGUCAAAAGCAGCGCCGCUUUCAGCAGCAAAACUCGAAGCGUUCGCACCAAAUACAAAGUCGCAGCAAAACGCUUGCACAGCCGACCGAUAGCGAUGGCGCAGGAACUGCGGAUGAGUCCAACAAUACCGGCGCCAGCAAUCACCAGUCACCUGGUGGAGGCGGUUAUACUGGCGCCUGCAAUGGCGGUAUUGGCGCGCUCGGUAGCAGCGGCGAAUUGGCCGAUGAGGAGUUGGUCGGUGCGGUGGGUGGCAAUGGUGGCGCUGGCAGUGGUGCGGCAACGAAUGGUGCCAUUGGCGGCAGUGAGGAUGGAUCCAGUGCCAGCAGCAAUGCUGACCUACAAAAAGAUUUCAAAGUCCAAGUGCUCGAGUGGUUUCAACAGUUGUACGUCCAAACGGAAUCGUUCAGAUCGGACGAGGAGUCACAACGUGUCCGUGAAGCGGGCAAUAAUUGCUAUCGUAAGGAACACCAUCCACUCAAGGCAUGCGAUCUCUAUACGGAGGCAAUAUUUUUAGCGCCCGUCGAAGAGGAUGCGGACAAUACAACAGCGGCAAUGGCGCACGCCAAUCGUUCGACAGUGCUGCAUGAUUACGGCAUGUAUGAGGAAGCCUACGACGAUUGCCUGUGUGCGCUGGAGCUGGGCUAUCCCGAGGAGUAUAAUGCGUUGAUCAAAUUACGCCAAGCCGCUUGUGCCUUAAAGUUGCGUAACUUUGCACUCUGCGAGUUGCAUGUGCACGAGCUAUUGCACAUGGAUCUCUCCGAGGCGUUCGAGGCGCGCACACACGAACUCUGGCACGAAUGCGAGGUGCUGAAAUCGGAGAAGAUCGAUAUGGGCGUGCAGACCGAUGAUGAUCAUUAUACGCUGAUGGCGCCGCCGCCGCCGCAACACAUACUGCACGGGAGCAACAGUAAUCGCCUGAAAGUUUACGAAGUCGCCUGGUCGGAUACGUCGAAUGCCAUUACAACGACGCGACGCGCCUACUUGCGCGCCACCACAGAUAUUGUGCGGCAUAUGCCAAUUUUCAGCGAGGACGCGGCGGUAUUUGUGUCCAGCGGUCAAGCGCGCAUCUGCGACAACUGUUCCAUAACACAGUUCAUACCAUUCCCAUGCGACUACUGUUCGAAUCGCACAUCCGUUUAUUGUUCGCGUAAAUGUCGUGCCCAGCACUCGGCCAUACACGUGCUGGAGUGCUUCGCCCACCAGAUUGAGUUGUUUGAGGAGUUUGGCGAGUCGUUCGCCAAACCGCGUCUACUACAGCUCGCCUUUCGCAUGCUAAUCACCGGAUUGCCACAAGUGAUGCCGCACUGCCGCAAACGGCCGACUGUGAAUAAAAUGUGGAACGCAUUCAAUGGCAUACUCACCGAACGCACGGACAUACCAUAUUCGGCGCUGUUACGCCUCGAAACGCACCUCGAUAAGAUCGAUGCCGAAACGACUAUUUCGCUAGCCAUUGCCGCGCACAUAUUGGCCAUCUAUUUGGCCGAGUGCACCGACUUCUUCGAGCACCUCGACCUCAUGAUGCCCGCCACAAUGAAAUUGGCACGCAGCGAAUGGAUACUGUUGUCCGCCGCGCUGCUGCUACGCCACAUCGGCCAAUUGAGGCACAAGAAUCUCAUACACUGCCCGUCCUUUGUGUUGCCCGCAGAUCCGCACAUACUUUCGCCACUCUACGAAUACAGCCUGUGGUCGGGUGUGAAGCACAUACGACAGGGCCAACUGCAUCUACUGGCCGGCGAUGUGGCGUGUGUCGCUUAUGCGGUUUACCCGCAAACACUUAGCCUAUGUCGGCAGUCGUGUGUCGGCCAAUUGUAUCGCAAACAUUCGGGUCGGCAAGUGACCGCAUAUGCGACCUGUGACAUUCUGUUGGGCGCAUGCAUAACCAAUUGUUUCGUCUACACUGGUGACUAUCGACAAUCGUUGCACGAGACACGGAGGCAGGACCUCAAGGCGCGCGGCAUCGACUGCAAGUGCGACAAGUGCUUUCGUCCAUAUCCGGAUGAGGAUUUUCAUAAAUUUCAUCGCUAUCGCUGUGAUAAUCCUAAAUGUAUGCAAAUAUUCACACCACCCGCCAGCGAUUUCAAACACACACGCAAUUUACGCUGGUGGCGCAGUCCAUAUUACAAACACCCCGACAACGAGGGCACCGAUCUAUUGGUGUGCAACGUUUGUGACGAAACCCAAAAACUGGAAUGGUUUUGGACAUUCAACGCUGCAUUGAGCGACUGUGAUUCGAUUGAGGUGCGUUGCAAGUUGUAUGCGGCCGUUGAGCGAGCCGAAACGCAACUCGUUGAAUUGCACGAAUGCAAAGUCGCUCUGGCGCGUCAAUUAGUCGAGCAAUGUUUAUUGAUGCAUCGAGAAGGACAAAACCCACUCGACGAUUGGGAGUUCAAUAAGCUUGGCUCGAUUAUGCGCAAUGCUCUCAAUAUUGUAGCUGCACAAUACAGUGUCUUUAGCAUAGAAUAUAUACAACACAUGUCCUAUUUUUGGGACAUAAUGGCACUUAGCAAUUACAAAUGUAGCGAUAAGGAACUGAUGCAAAUGUUACAAGCACUCGAAUAUAUACCGGACGAAUACAAGGAGAUCUUCAUCAACUACUACGACGACUUCAUAACACCGAAAUUCGCUGAGGAAACCUACACCAGUCUCAUGGAUACGCAAGUUUAGGCAUUCAACGGCAAAUAGCGCAACAAAAAUAUAAUCAAAUAGAACAACAACAACAAAUACAGAUGGAAACGAACUUUCAGCAUACAGGACGUUGACAUAACAAACCAACAAACCAAAAAAAAAAGCUGUAACUAACUUUAACUAUUAUAACUAUAAGAAAUAUAAGAGCAAUGCUGUAAUUUAAA